AUGGAAGAAUUACGUGAAGAUAUUAAAGCGUUGCAUUUUCGAAAUGUGAUAGAUCUUGAAGAAUAUGUUAACCAUCUAGAAGAAAAAGAAAUAUCUGAAGUAUUAAGCAAUCAGGAAAUAGUGAAUAUAGCUACUAAUCCAGAACUUGAAGAGAAUAAUAGUAAUAAGGAGGAUAAUAGCACAGAAAUGCGCCAAGAUCUUUGUGAUACAGCCCGGUCAAAACAUGAUGAGGCUUUGUCAAACUUACAAAAAGCGAUUAGAAAAUUACGAAAAGCAUCUUUUAAGCAAAUAGAUUUUGAAACAUUUUUUGA